AUGCAAGCUCUUGAGAAACGCCAUGAUGUGCUGGCUUCAGCAGAGCGGAAGCUCUCUGCAAAAUCUAGAGCUGCAGUGGUCGGCUGGCUUGGUCGACUCAUGCCGUCAAUCUCUUCUUAUUUACGCUCCACAAAGAUUUCCGAUGCUCGUAGGACUCAGGGAGACUCAAGGUGUGCGACACAGAACAAACGCAGGGGCGUGCAACUGGAGCCAGAGGCGCGCAGCGGACCAAGGAAAGCCCAAGCCAAUUUGGCUGGCCAAGACUUCAGUUCGGAUGCAGAGGCUCUCGACAGUCACGAUCAUGUUACUGAUGUUGAGCCGGACGCCCUGCCGACGCCUCUGUCGUCGUACUCCAUAACAAGCACCCCUGACCUGGCAGCAGCAGCAGCUGGCCUCUCUGCGCUGCCUACUUCUCCGCCUCGCGAAGUAGCUGCGCAGUAUUGCAUGGAAGACAGUUUCCUGCUGUCCGCAGUAAACGGUGAGCAUAUAUAA